AUGGCGCUGCCGAAGAAAGCUUUACAAAUAAGAUUGCCUCCCCUACCCUCCAUCAAAGAUGUCAUCAGGCUCUACAAACUUCGCGCUCUUAAAGAACUGUCUCAGAAUUUCCUCAUGGAGCCUCGCCUUAUCGAUAAAAUAGUCCGAGCAGCCGGGCACAUCCAGGACAAUGUCGUCUGUGAAGUCGGCCCCGGACCCGGUGGAAUCACAAGGUCUAUCAUCCAACAGGCACCCAGGAAACUGAUUCUAGUUGAAAAAGAUAAACGGUUCAUACCCACACUGGAACUCCUAGCUGAUGCUUGCAAGGACAAGGUUGAUGUUGACAUAAUUUCAGGUGAUAUCCUGAAGACUGAUGUGUCACACUUUUUCCCUGCUGAUGUCAAGCGAGACUGGACUGAUUCCCCUCCUCCUAUCAAUCUUAUAGGGAACCUGCCUUUCAGCAUCUCCACUAUUCUGAUAAUCCGGUGGUUAGAGUUGAUCUCUAAACAAGAAGGCCCUUGGGCGUUUGGAAGGACACGGAUGACCUUGACCUUUCAGAAGGAGGUUGCUGAGCGCAUGGCUGCCCCAAUGUUGGACAAGCAGAGGUGUAGACUGUCAGUAAUGUGUCAGAAUUGGUGCAAGGUCAACUAUAAAUUUGACAUCUCCGGUAAAGCCUUCCUACCAAAACCAGAUGUGGAUGUGGGGGUUGUAACAUUGACACCAUUGAAGGAACCCAUUAUUAAGUUGCCUUUUAAGAUGGUAGAGAAAGUUUUGAGGCAAAUAUUUUCCAUGCGGCAGAAGUAUUCUAUCAGAGGAGCCCAGACCUUGUUUCCUAAAGAUGUGUGUGAGGAAAUGGCUCUAAGGAUGUACAACAUGGCUGAAAUAGAUCCGGUUACAAAGUCUUUCCAAUUGGCUAAUACUGAAUUCUCCCGGCUUUGUCAUGCUUACCAUGAAAUCAUCCAGAAAUAUCCAGAAUUUGAGCACUAUGACUACCGGGCGCCUAAGAAUAAAAGUAGUGAGGAGGCAAAUAUGUAGGAUGUUUAUUUAAUUAGUUUGUAAAUAUAGGAUUUUGUGGAAAUAAAUAAUUUUAUGCAGAA